AUGUCAAUUUUACCAAUUACUUCGCCAAGGAAUUCGUUUAAUGAGGAUGUUUAUCCAUACAAGCGAAGAUCUAGUUAUUGGACAGCAUCUAUUCCUAUAUUUUUAAGACGUUUAUUUAGAUUUCCACAGAUGGAUUUUGAAAUUGCAUUGUGGCAAAUGUUUUAUUUAUGUAUAUCACCUAGGAGAGUAUCAUCAAAAUUAGAAGUGGAAGUGGAAGAUUAA